CCCGCGUCCCAGGGACUGGUGGGGGCCAGUGUUGCAGCAGUCAGUUCUCAACGUUCCGUUUUGAUUUGAAUGUCGGCAUCUUUCAGCUCCCUCCUGCCCCAGCCUUUCACCUUCUCUGGAGGCAGAUUUCCACUGUUUUAUCCUUCAGCAGACGAGUGGGGGUGAAUUUCCAUGGCUAUCACCUAAAGGGAAGAUAACAAAACUGGUGCAGAAUUUAGACUGAUAUCUCCAUAAAUAGUAUUUCCUCUGGACUUGCCCCAAAGCACUCCUUGCCUUCCACUUGUGAAUAGAAACCUUUUGUCUCAUGUAAUGAUUGUCUAAUCUAUGUGUAUUGUUCAUUCCCUCUGGGACACUGGCAAUUGUCUGAAGACAGGAUACUGGGCUAGAUGGAUCUUUGGUUUGACCCAGGAUGGGCGCUCUUGUGUUGCUUAUGUUCUUGGUUGUAUGAACCUAUCCUGGCUAUUAGAGUAGCAGAUGGCUUCAAAAGACCAGUCUCCUGGACCGGUGAAUCCUGGGAAAACUAAUUCCCUUCUUUUAGAGAAUGACAGAAAAACCCAUUUCCUCCUUCUUUCUAUUCCAGGCUUCGUUUUUUUUUCCCAAAGACUCGCCUCUAGGGAGCACAGAGAGAACCAUGUGCACAAAGUGCUUGUCCAACCUGCAGCAAUGGAGGCCUGCUGUGACUUCAGCCAGCAAGAACAGGCCUUGCCAGAGAAGCCCCACAGAAGGAAAUGCUCAUGGUCCAUCCUGUCAGCCAUGAAAAGACUCUGUGUCUGUAGCCAAUCUGACACCUCCAUGGCAGAUAGGGAUGACGAGAGAUCAAUUUCCUCACAAAGAAGGUGGACGCACUUGUCUUGGAAGAAGAUAGCAGCUGAGAACCAGGUGGAGUCAGAGGAGGUGAAGCUGCAGGAUGAUACAGGAAAAGUUGAACUGGAUCCUACAGGGAUGAAGAAGGAGGCAUCUGAGUCGCAGGGGAAGUGGGAAAAAGGGAGCCCAGAAGAGCAGGAAGAAGAGCGCACUCCCACCCCCUCAUUACCAAGCAGCUCCCAUAUGACCAUGGUAAUGACACUUUGUGACUGUGCUAAUGGAAAGCAUCCCCUGCUGUGUGUAUUAAUAUCUCCUGGAGCUGGGAUCUCGGACAGGAGACCUACCUCCCCCUUGCUCAGGGAGCUGAAAAGAAACACUCUUCAAGUGUGAUCGACUCCAGCCAGGCUUUACCAGUUUCUCUGGAUUGUUUGAACGAGGCCUAGGUUGACAAAGGGGUUCAGGCACCUCAAGAAGUACAGAGGUGCUUAGUGG